AUGGCGGGCGGCCUCGUGCAGAACGAACGGAUUCAACAGGUUUUCCACCUGAGCCGGAUGAUGAGCAGCACUUCCAUCAGUCGUCUCUCGGUGUGUCACCUGGUUCCUCUGCUCUCUUAGCUGCUAAGUUUUUUAUCUCCGCUCUCCUCCAUCAUGCUGUUUCGAGCUCUGCUCCAAACGUCGCUGGUUCUCUGGUUGGCUCAGCAAACUCUGCAAGGCGGAGUUAGACCUCAGAGUGUAUCCUUUGGCAGAGUGCUGCCAGCCAGAGGUGUUGGUGUUGCACUUAGACCAGCAGUUUCAGGAGCCCUUGGAGCUAUGGGGAAUCGUUAUGGCAACAAAGCGAUGAAGGCUGGAAUUGGCCGUUAUCCUGGGGCUCAGCUCGGUCUCGGGGGUUACAGAUCUCUUGGAUUAGGAGGAAGAGCAGGCCUGAGGCAAGGUGGAUAUGGAGCCCAGGGAGCCUAUGGUGCCAGCCUGGGCACAGGAAUGGGAAUGGGGACUGGACUUAACGGACUGGGACUGGGCUUGGGCCAGGGAGGCAAACGAGGUUAUGGUGCUGGCGUCGGCACUCCGCCAGGAUAUGGGGCUAUGGCUGGCAUGGGCUAUCCUGGAGCCCGACCAGGAAUUGGACUUGGUUAUCCCACUGGAUCGAGGGCUGAGGAACAAAUACCCGGUGUGUCUGCAGCAGAUUUGGGGGGACCAGAGCUGGCCAGUCUGGGCCAAGCUCUUCAAGAUCUGAAGAGGGAAAAGGGCAGAGUACUUGUUCUCUUGAAGGGGAAAGGAGACAAAGGUUUUGUUCCUGAAACACCAAUUGGAGGGGACGGUAUUCUUGGUCCUACUGCACCUGAGUUACUGGCUGGAGUCCACAGCCUCGAACCGUUAGUAAAGUCAUCAAAUCUUGGAUCUACGAACCCUUUUGAUAAACCGAGUAAAAAUCUUGGUCUUGCUGCUUCACAAGCACAAGGAAGAGACAGUCAUGAGCCUACAGUCUUGAAAAGAAAGAUCACCACAGGCCAUGGAGACACACUGGCAGCUGGAGGAGUAAGACAGCAGCUGCCUCUGAAUCAAGACAACACCAGAAACCCCAUCUCCUCUCAGGCACAGAGUGCCAGAGACUACGAUUUAUUGAUUCAACAAAAUCAGCGACCCACAAACUGUGGAUCCACUCGUGAUCUCUCCGAGGUAUCAGAUAUCAAUCUCCGUGAGAUGUUGGGAUCAGAAAGGACUCAAGGUUUUUUGCCCCAGCUUCACUUUGGUAAAGGCAACAAACAUCUCGGACAUGCAGAUCAACAAGCAGAGAGAGAGAAAGGCUAUCCACUGCCUCAAGAUCUCACAGGUUAUACGGGUGGAGCGGGAAACUACCUGGGAGCAAGCUUGGGUGCUGGAGGCUACGGAGCAGGUUUGGGGCAGGGAGCAUACCUGGGUGGUGCGGCUGGCAAACAUGCUGCCGCUGCCGCUGCACUCGGACAGGGCGGGUAUCCUCAAGGUGUUCCAGGCUAUGGUGACGGUGCCACCGGGCUGCUGGGUGCUGUUGGAAAUGGCUACGGUGGAGACGCUGCAAAGGCUUUGGCUGCAGCAGGUUACGGGAAUGGUUACAGCGACGGUUACGGAGCUGGGCUCGGUUACCCAGCACACUUAGCUGAUGGGGCUGAGAACAAAGCAGGGAAGAAUAAAGCCCUCAGCACGGGAGGCUACGCCGGGCAGGCCCAGGGAGGAUAUGGAGCAGGAGCCGCUCAGGUUCCUUAUGGGAGCGCUCCAGUGAUUCCAACUGGACUGGAAGGUGAAGGGGGCUAUCCGUACGGCGCUCAGGCGCUCAGCCUCAGCGCUGAAGGUGCUAAAACCUCUAACAAAUAUGGAGCUUCUGCAGGAUACAGAGCUCAGCAGACAGGUUAUGGUGCACAGCUGGGAGCGACUCAAGAUGCGAUGGGAGAGCAGGCUGGCAAAUAUGGUGGAGUUAACGGUGCCCUUGGAAAUGGAUACAAAGGCUAAUUCAAAUGACCCGAAACCUCUUCAAGUGGAUAAUUUCCCUGAUGUGUUCACUGUAAUCUGUUCUAAAAGCCUUUUGUGUGUGUGUUUCGGUCCAUUUUGUCCUGUCCUGUUGUCAGUUAUGUCCUUGUUUUAUUCUUCUCGUCUUUUCUCUGUAAGGGGACAUUUGUUACCAGCGUCUGUUUGUCUCCCUGGUCCAGAGCCUUCAGUGCCCCACCAGUCUCAUUCUUUCAAUGAUGAAAAAUAUGGUGGUGAACAUAAACAUUAAAUUUGUGGCAAUGUUUUGAGAUAAUGGUUAAGAUGAAUGUUUUAUUCCAAUAAAUUAUAUGUCCAGGGAUGCUGAUUUGAAGCUUCUGAGUCACAACACUUGACCUGUUUACCUGAACACUUUGUUCCUCUUUAGUCGCAUCAGCGAAGCCUCAUUUGCACACAGGAAGCUUUACCACUUCCUUUCUCAUGUUGGGCAGCGCUGUCUGAGAUAAACGAAACACCAGCGUUCAAAUUGAAACUUAAAGUAAGAAGAUGAGACAUGAAAUACCACAAGCAGAUCAGAGAAA